GGAAGGAGUGCCGGCGCAACCUCCCCCCCCGUCACCCGGUCCCGGGACUUUCCUUCCGCUCCCGGGAUGCGAGGUAUUUUGGGCGCGGUUAACCGUGGCCGCUUGUUGUUCGGGUUGGGAAGAAGGUCGGAUGCCGAGGCCAAGAGGAUGCGGCAUUGUUACAGCAAGGAGGAGCGCGGAGAAGCCCACAGUCCGAGCUACCUCCUGUACCUGAAGAACUCUGAUGGUAAAUACAUUUCUCCUUUCCAUGAUAUUCCACUGUACGAUGUGGUUGACAAGGCCCUUUUUAAUAUGGUUGUGGAAGUACCACGUUGGACAAACGCCAAAAUGGAGAUUGCUACAAAAAUGCCUCUGAACCCUAUCAAACAGGAUAUGAAAAAAGGAAAAGUACGUUAUGUAGCAAAUAUCUUUCCUAACAAGGGCUAUAUCUGGAACUAUGGAGCAUUACCACAGACUUGGGAAGAUCCGUGUCGUAAAGAUCCCAGUACAAAUUUUUGUGGUGAUAAUGAUCCAAUUGAUGUCUGUGACAUUGGGUCAAAGGUAUGUUCUUGUGGCGAUGUUAUUCAGGUAAAAGUGCUGGGAGCUUUAGCUCUUAUUGAUGAAGGGGAAAUGGACUGGAAAAUAAUUGCUAUCAACAAUGAGGACCCAGAUGCACAGAUGUUUAAUGAUAUUGAUGAUGUCAGGAGAUACAAACCAGGCUACCUGGAGGCCACAGUUAAUUGGUUUAAAUUGUACAAGGUUCCUGAUGGAAAACCAGAAAACCAGCUGGGUUUCAAUGGAGAAUUCAAAGACCGGGAUUUUGCACUUGGAGUCAUUGAGUCUACACAUCAAUACUGGUGCUCCAUAAUCUACAACAAGACUGAUGGAGGUGAUAUUACGUGCAAAAAUGUGUCAAUCAGUGACAGUCCCUUCUAUUGUAGUCAAGAAGAAGCAGAAUCACUUGUGCAUUCAGCACCGGAAUAUGUUAAACCAAGCCCUAUCCCAGAUGAAGUGAACAACUGGCACUUCUUCAACAACUAAACAUUGACCACGUGAUCAUAUUAAAGAACAUAUACUGUUUCCCUUUCACAAAUAAUUUGAAACAUCAGGAAGCCGAAAUUCCUUAAUCAACAAUGAAGAUUACAGAAUCAUUAAGAAGCCUUGAUUGACAAUCAGCCAUAACUUCAUAUUUGACAAUCAACUGUUGCUCUCAUGCAAGCUGCUAAGAGACAUAUUGACCAGCUUGUAUUUGUCAAAGGUCGAUUUCUUUAUAAUCCUUCUGAAGUGUGAUAAGUAAUUACUUUCGUGCGUUAUUGGUUUUGCAAUUUCUUGUUAUGUAUUUUGCAAAUUAAAAAUGCACUGAUUCAUUUUCCAUUGUCCUCAUCCAAAGCUAUAUUUAGAAUGGCUUUUGGAUACUAGGUAGUUACUUAAGUACAGGCUAGUUAAUUUUUUUUUGGCACCCUCAGGAUACUGCUGUUCAUCAAAAUUUUGCAGGAAUAAUUUUAUGCCCAUUGACAGAAAAUUUCAGAAAUUCGUGUGUACGCAGUUUAUAAUUUCAUGAAAUCAAUACCUAACAAUCUUUUCCAUUACUGCCAACACACCUGCCAGGGAUCUCACCACUGAAGAGGACUUAAAAUCUCUUCAUAGAUUGCCACUCUAUUUCUAGUCCUGAAUUUAAAAGCAACCAUUUUACAUAAGAAGGUCUGAGGUAAUGUUCACUUUGUGCAGAAGUGCACAAUAGAUCAUAUCAGGUUAACAGCUUAUCACAUAUCUCUUUAGAUUUUCAUUUGCAUUUAAGUCAAUAUAAAUUAAAAUUCAGAGAUGAUGGGCAAUUGGCCAUUUAUGUGUUAUCCCAGAGUCUUGGAACAGAAUGAGGAUAUAAAAAUAGAUGCAUUUUAAUUCACAGUUACCUCACCUAUAUUUAAAUUUUAAUUUAAUCUUUCUUCUUGCUUUGGAAAUAAAACUGUGCAUUCCCGAAAGCUGUUUCUUUUCAACCAGUAUGCCAGAGCAUUUCUCUUGUUAAAUAAGAGCUGGUUAAAAAGCAAUGUCACAUUCCGUAAUCAUUAUCAAAGGUCACACAAUAAAGAUGUUUAUUUCUAUUGUACAA